AAAAAGAAAGAAGACUGGAACAAAAGGAGGAGAAGUUAAUAUAAAGCAGAACUCUAGGGGAGUAAAGCAGAAGCCGGGAGAUAGGAAGAUUAAUAGAGAUGAAGAAGCAGGUCAUCUGACAGGACAGAUUUACAGUGUGGACAACCCACAGAGGGAGAAAUAGAGGUAAAAAAAAAGAAGACAGGAACAUCUGAGAGGAAACAGUUCAUCACAGCUUCCUCGAAAGACAGUUCAUAGAACAUAUCGGAAGUCCUCUGCAGGUGUAGAUGCAGACAGGUGGACGGUCAGACAUGCUGCUUGGGGCACUGUUUCUCUGCGCUGCAGUUGGAAGCUGGGGGUCUUCUCCUGGAGCAUGGGGCUACGGACAGGUCCAGGAAAGACGGGAAUCAGAGGCACCUUUCUGCCCAGCCCCUUGCCAGUGUGAGGAAGAUGGCAUCUUUAUCAUGGUGGACUGCUCGGAGAUGGGACUAUCGUCUGUGCCGGCUGGCCUGAGCCCUUUCACCACAUACCUGGACCUGAGUAUGAACAACAUCAGCGAGAUUCAGCCCAGAGCCUUCCAUCGACUGCACCUGUUAUCAGAACUGCGAAUAUCCGGGAAUCAGCUGAGGUAUAUCUCUAGCAGUUCUCUCCAGGGUCUUCACAACCUCAGAGUUCUGAUGCUACAAAACAACCAACUAGAGAGACUUCCUGACGAUGCGCCAUGGGACCUCCCCAACCUUCUGUCCUUGCGUCUUGAUGCAAACCUCUUGAGCAAGGUUCCAGCUGAGGCGUUCAGUGGCGUUCGCUCGUUGAGACACCUGUGGUUGGAUGACAACUCCCUAACAGAGAUUCCUGUAUUGGCCCUAGAUUCUCUACCCUCUUUGCAGGCAAUGACAUUGGCCCUGAACCAGAUCACCCACAUCCCAGAUUAUGCAUUCACCAACCUCUCGGGCCUUGUGGUUUUGCAUCUCCACAACAACCAUAUACAGAGCAUGGGCUCAAGAUGUUUUGAAGGUUUACAGAGUCUGGAAACACUGGAUUUAAACUACAAUGAUCUGCAGGAGUUCCCUGUGGCAAUCAGGACACUUAGCAAACUUCAAGAACUGGGCUUCCAUAAUAACAACAUCAAAGCAAUCCCUGAGAGGGCCUUCGUGGGAAACCCUCAGCUUCACACCAUCCACUUCUAUGAGAAUCCCAUCCAGUUUGUGGGGAAAUCUGCUUUCCAGUUCUUACCAAAGCUGCACACUCUUUCUCUGAAUGGGGCAACACAAAUUCAAGAGUUUCCCGAUUUAAAAGGAACAACCAGCCUGGAAAUUUUGACGCUGACCAGAGCUGGUCUCUCAGCUCUUCCAAUGGAUCUAUGUGAACAGUUGCCUCAUCUAAGAGUGCUGGAGCUGUCUUACAACCAAAUAGAGGACCUUCCUAGUUUUUACCACUGCUCUGCACUUCAAGAGAUCGGACUGCAGCAUAAUCAGAUCAAAAGAAUAGAGUCGAGCACCUUCCAGCAGCUCUCCUCUCUUAGAGCACUUGAUCUAAGCUGGAACAUGAUCGAAUGGAUCCACCCAGAUGCCUUCGCCUCUCUUCACUCUUUGAUUAAACUGGACCUGAGUGAAAACCGUCUCAAGUUUUUACCAGUCACAGGUUUGGGUGGCCUUACUCAUCUAAAGCUGAGGGGGAACAAAGAAUUAUAUGAGGCAUUUAGUGCUGAUCACUUCCCACAUAUGAGGGUGAUAGAGAUGCCUUAUGCGUACCAGUGCUGUGUGUACGACUCCUGUAAGAGCUACAAGCCCACCACACAGUGGGACUCAGAGCUGAGCAACACCAAUGAAGACCUACACAAGAGAACAGUGGCCAUGUACCCCAUCCAUACAGACACUAACUAUGACCCAGAUCUGGAGGAGUUCCAGUUAGAAAUAGAAGAAUCCAAGUUACAGAGCAGUGUCCAAUGCACCCCCAUGCCUGGUCCAUUCCGUCCCUGUGAAUCCCUUCUGGGCAGCUGGCUAGUCCGCAUUGGCUUGUGGUCCAUCUCUCUGGUGUCUUUUCUUGGAAACGCCAUCCUGCUCCUGUCUCUCUUCGGAUCAUCGGGCAGCCUGUCACCUCUCCGCUUCAUCGUGGCCUGUAUGGGCGCUUCCAACCUGCUGAUGGGGUUGUGUACAUGUACAUUGGUCCUUGUGGACGCUCUCACUUUGGGAGAAUUCAGUGACCACGGAGCCCGAUGGGAGGGGGGACCUGGUUGUCAGGCGACCGGAUGGAUUUGGGUGUUUGCAUCGGAGGCCAGCGUGCUGCUACUGACUCUGGCGGCGGUGCAGUGUGGUGUGAGCGUGACAUGUGCACGCACUUACAGGAAAUCUCCAUCCCUUGGCAGUGUGCGCACAUGUGCAUGUUUUUGUCUCACCCUCUCCCUCACAUUUGCUUCACUCCCACUGGUUGGAGUGGGGGAGUACGGAUCUUCACCCUUCUGCCUUCCUUCUCCCCUGCCAACAUCAUCAUCGCGCUUGCCAUCCUCCCUGGGCUUCUCCUUGGCUCUCAUUAUGAUGAACACCAUUUGUUUGCUUAUAGUCACAGGGUCAUACAUCCGCCUGUACUGGGAGUUACUUCGGGGGGAGUGUGAGGGCUUGUGGGACUGUGCUAUGAUCAAACAUGUUGCCUGGCUGAUCUUCAGUAAUGGUCUCCUCUACAUACCUGUUGCUUUCCUGUCUCUUUGUUCCCUUUUGGGUCUUCUCUCUUUGGGCGAAGAAGUUCUUAAAUCAGUUCUUCUUCUCCUACAGCCACUCCCUGCUUGCCUCAACCCUCUGCUGUUUCUCCUUUUCACAAGAGACCACUCUCAGUUGUUCUCCUGGUCUCGUCCUAAAGCUCGCCCACAACUGCGCCGGGACCGCACCUUAGACUCAUUGGUUUCUGUGGAGACGGAAAAGAGCUCCUGCUCAGAUUCAUCAACACAGGUGUCACUGACUGAUGCUGAUGCCACAUACACUGCAGGGUCCCCUUCUCAGCCUGGAAUGGAUACAAUCAGGUUUUCCCAGUGCUCCUCUACAUCCUCUGUUCACCUCAUCCCUUGCCAAGUACCAACCGUGACAGUUCGAGAAAGGGUGACAGAAUGAGGGAUCAUGGAGUCUGGAUCAAGAUGUGAUUCUUAUAUUUUUUCUCUCUGUGCUAUGCUACAAUGACUCACCUUAUAUCAACAAGGCCCGAAAACAGCCUUACUGAAAACGUGGCGGAAAGAAAUGGACAUCCAAGGACCAUAUCACUGCUACGUUUAUGGGCUACCUACCUAUAAACUCUUGAGAAUAAGUCAACUAAAUAUGUUGACUACAAAAGUGACAAGUGAACCCUCUUUAUGAACAGAGAUCUGUAAGUUGCCUUUUUUGGCAGUACUCUAGAACUAAAGGAGAAUUGCAGAGUAUCUAGCGGAGUCAAUCAAUAACAUUUUUAUGAUCAGAAUACAAAAAAAGCAGUUAAUUACAUUGAAAACAUGAGGCAUAUUAAGAGUUUACCCUGCGGUAAUGUUUAUACUGAAAUGUGAUGUGAAAUGAGGCUCCAAAGUUGCAUAAUCUUUAAGUGGAGAUUUUUUUUUCUUUUUUUAAUCUAAUUCUAUUGUAACUAUUUCAUGGAACAUGAGACAUGUCUUGUCCAGAGCAAUUUUACUGCCAUAUAAAAGGUUUUGCAGCUGUGUAAUACAAAUGUUCAAAAAAUGCUGUUCUUUAGGUGAAAAAGUGAUGCAAAAUAUUCUGGGCCACACAUGUAGUUUUAUAUGGUUUACAUGACUCUGCUAAAACAAUGCAGUUUUGUCCAACAAAGCAUUAAGCAAUCUUAUGGAUUGAAUGGGAUAUAGCUGUAUUCCUGCCAACCUUAGAGUAGGCUAUUGAUCUCUGUAUACAUACAAUGUAACUACCUCUAAACUAUGGUAUUGACUCACUACAGCCUUAAUGUCUUUUUAUAAACAGCAAAUAUAUAUAAUUUUAUAUAUUAAAAAAAA